GAGCGUGUGUCCCGCCCCGGCGGGCCGCUGGAAAAGUUUGGUCUCUGACGAGCUCGGGCAGAGGCCGAGGAAGCCGGUUCCGGGGACAGGGAACAGGGACUCAGGGACCCGAAGGCGGCGGCAGGACGCGACCGAGCAGGACCCCAGGCCCGGGAACGACGUCGCGAGCCCCGAGACUGCCGGGCUUCCCAGCCCAGCUGGCAUUCGAGCGCAGGACCGGGCGCCCCGGCACCGUCGCGCGCCACCCGCCGGGAUGCCGGUGGCCCCAGCGCCCUCAGCCGACGGAGGAGCCCUUUUUCAACGCCCUCUCUGGAGUCUGGCCUGCACGCUUUGCUGAAAGAAGCCAGAGCCUCAGCCCUGCUUCCCUUUGAAAUGAAUGUUCCUCGAGCGCCCUCUCGUGGAUUUUGGGGCUAAUCGUCUGUGAAUGCCCAGAGAUGGCAACUGCCCUCCCGCCGCGUCUCCAGCCUGCGCGGGGGAAUGAGACCCUGCGGGAACAUUACCAGUACGUGGGGAAGCUGGCGGGCAGGCUGAAGGAGGCCUCCGAGGCCAGCACGCUCACCACCGUGCUCUUCUUGGUCAUCUGCAGCUUCAUCGUCUUAGAGAACCUGAUGGUUUUGAUUGCCAUCUGGAAAAACAAUAAAUUUCACAACCGCAUGUACUUUUUCAUUGGCAACUUGGCUCUCUGCGACCUGCUGGCCGGCAUCGCUUACAAGGUCAACAUUCUGAUGUCUGGCAAGAAGACGUUCAGCCUGUCUCCCACGGUCUGGUUCCUCAGAGAGGGCAGUAUGUUCGUGGCCCUCGGGGCGUCCACCUGCAGCUUACUGGCCAUCGCCAUCGAGCGGCACUUGACGAUGAUCAAAAUGAGGCCUUACGACGCCAACAAGAAGCACCGCGUCUUCCUCUUGAUCGGGAUGUGCUGGCUCAUUGCCUUCACGCUGGGCGCCCUGCCCAUUCUGGGCUGGAACUGCCUGCACAAUCUCCCGGACUGCUCUACCAUCCUGCCCCUCUACUCCAAGAAGUACAUCGCCUUCUGCAUCAGCAUCUUCACGGCCGUUCUGGUGACCAUCGUGAUCCUCUACGCACGCAUCUACUUCCUGGUGAAGUCCAGCAGCCGUAAGGUGGCCAACCACAACAACUCGGAGCGGUCCAUGGCACUGCUGCGGACCGUGGUGAUUGUGGUGAGCGUGUUCAUUGCCUGCUGGUCUCCACUCUUCAUCCUCUUCCUCAUCGAUGUGGCCUGCAGGGUGCAGGCGUGCCCUGUCCUCUUCAAGGCUCAGUGGUUCAUCGUGCUGGCUGUGCUUAACUCGGCCAUGAACCCGGUCAUCUACACGCUGGCCAGCAAGGAGAUGCGGCGGGCCUUCUUCCGUCUGGUCUGCAACUGCCUGGUCAGGGGACGGGGGGCCCGCGCCUCACCCAUCCAGCCUGCGCUCGACCCAAGCAGAAGUAAAUCAAGCAGCAGCAACAACAGCACCCACUCUCCGAAGGUCAAGGAAGACCUGCCCCACACAGCCCCCUCAUCCUGCAUCAUGGACAAGAACGCAGCACUUCAGAAUGGGAUCUUCUGCAAGUGAUCCUCUCCAUGCGCCCUGCUCUGCGGCUGUGUUCUUAUUUAUUGCAUGCAUCGCUUCCACAGGGGCCCGUCGAGAGCUGUGACUCGGGAGAGCUACCCUACUUUGACCAACAGCCUGCCCAGUGUGGACGUCUCUUACAGAGGGGGCCCGAGGAAUCACCACCCCAUUUCAGUGUAGACAACGUACCUUGUCUGCCUUGGGCUCCAGAGCCUUUCAGAUGUCCUAAGCUGCUGACAUCAUCCACAGCCUUCUGCUGAAUCCCAGACACCCUCCCUGUUGUUCACAGAGAGGGAAGGUCGUGGGCUACAUAAUGCUGUGUGAUUCUCCAUGUGCCUCUGAACGGUGUUUUGAUGAUUUACACUACAUUUCCUAUGCAUAGAAUGGAUGCUUGUGUAUUCGUACAUCUCUGUGUUACACAGAAUUUGUGUUGCAGGUGUUUGCCAUGUGGUACAUACAUAGAAUCUCCAUACAACACACAGGUAACAGGUUAUACAAGUGGGUUCGGACUGAACCCCCGGUACAAGAACAUGGUUGUGAACUAGGUGGACAUGCCAUCCCUGGUCUCCUUAGACUGACAUGAAGUCUCAUGUUCACCAAGUUUUUGAAGUUCAAAUUCUCCAAAAAGGGCUUGUCCAAGGCUGGCCCCAGAUGUGAGGGUCUGACCCACACCAGCCCUGUGUCCUUUCAGUCAUUUGUCCCUGCGUAAUUUUAAUCAUAUCCCAAAGUCAAAUGAUGUGAUGGUUUUCAGGUUUCUGCAAAUCACAGAAAAGCCAGUCGAGAUCACGCAGGAGCUUGUGCCCCCAGGCGGGCCAAAGAAAGAGCCUAUGAGUGAGCAGCAGAAGCAGACGGCUGACCUGGCUCACCUUCCCAUACCACUGGGGCAGGGGUCUGCUUCAGGAAACAGAAGGUGUCUAGGAAAUGAGCAGAGGUUCACAAGACAGUACUUUGAUUCUAUGUUGAGUUUGUUUCUAUAUUAGAAAAGCACCAAGUCAGUAAUCCCCCGGGCGUCACAGCUGAGUAGCUGUGGCCACCAGCAGUUUCACAGCUUCCUGAAAGCUGGGACUGACUGUGACUAUCAGUAAGAGAAGUUUAAUUGUCAGGUUAGAAAAUGUGAUCUGGCAGUUGAUGCAUUCUUCAAAGUGAUCUAUUGUAAUAAUACCUACAUGAUACUGUAAUUUUACUUUUCAACAUAAGUUGAACCUGUAGCAGUCUGUUUACCUUGUAAAGGGAUUACUUAGAAGACAUUUUUGUACAUGCUCUUCCCCAAGGAUUGUACAUGUUAUACAAAUAGAUGGAAAGAAAAGUGAACACGUUUGUAGAACUAUCAAUAAGCACACAGUUGCCGUGUUGAGUUCUCUUUAAAAACAAAGACAAAACCAACCAGCCUUCAAAGGAAGCUGACAUCAGAAUCCCCUGAAGUAUUUGAGGUUCAGUGAGCAUUUGCCUGAAUAAAACCUAAAAGAGUGGUCUUAACACAUUAAUAACUUUUUCUAAGAGAAAUUGAUUCCUGUUUUGUCAUCUGAUGCAAGUUGCUCUUAUAAAGAGACAUUUUUGUGGGUUCAGGCUAACUCACCUCCAUGGGCUGACCAAAGACUUUUCUAAUUUUUGUUACUGAUGAGAUGAAACCUAUUUGUAAGGAAAUCUUCCCCAGGAGCAUUUCUGUUGCCUUCUUGACAUCAAUGAAAACUAGCGUAUCCUCUUGUGAAAUAGAAUGAGAAAACCCAGGGCAUUUCUAGGACAGUAAAACAUUAAAGUACUGGAUUAAGAAAAUGACAGACCAGGUGCGGUGGCUCACGCCUGUAAUCCCAACAUAUUGGGAGGAUGAGGUAGGCAGAUCACCUGAGGUCAGAAGUUCAAGACCAGCCUGGCCAACAUGGUGAAAUCCCAUCUCUACUAAAAACACCAAAAUUAGCUGGACGCGGUAGCGCAUGCCUGUAGUCCCCGCUACUCGGGAGGCUGGAGAAUUGCUCAAAUCCGGGAGACGGAGAUUGCAGUGAACCGAGAUUGUGCCACUGCACUCCAGCCUGGGCGACAGAGCAAGACUCUGUCUCAAAAAAUAAUAAUAAUAAUAAUAAUGAAUAAAAUAAAACAACAACAAAAUGCAUCGGAGAGCCAAAACAUUCAGUAUUGCAUUUUCACAUAGGUGAUGAAAUGACUUUGGAACUUUAUCUGUGUUAUAGUUAUGAGUUGCUUUGGGAGCCUUGGAGCUCUCUCUAGCUAUUGUUCAUAACGCUUUGCUCCAUAACCCUGAUGUCCCCAAUAUCUAAGUAUCUCAGCCUUCAUCCAUUAACUGUACUAGGGAGCCCACAGCCGCCAUUCCCACUAGGAGGUAUCAGUGUUUGGUGUGACAUAAGGCUCCCUUGAAAUAACAAGACUUUUGAGGAAUCUGAAUUAAAAAUACAUCAAAAAAGUAAUUGUGCUGAUUUGCUAAAUGCAAAACAUAAUCACCUUUGAUACCAAUGUGCUCCAAUAAGUCUAACUAGCUAGCCAGCUGGAGAUAAUUUAGCAGCUGACUGUUUCAAAGCCCUAACCUUGAAGUUUGGAAACAGGUGGUCUUCUGUGCUGCAGAGAAACUAUGCAUUAGAUCUCUUUUCAAUUAGAAACCUUUACUAUUUCUGAUGUAUGUUUGUUAAAAAUAAAAUAAAAUAAAACCAAAAGCCUUCGUGUAAACCCA